AAUUCCUACUUUACUCUCUAAAUCUUAGGUUCUUUAAUAAUUUUUUUCGAGCUUGUUCUUCAUUUGUGCUUGCCUUAUUUUGUAGAAGGAUAAUAUGGAGAAUCCUUUGCAUUUAAAGUCAUUGAAUCACAUAUCAGUAGUAUGCAGAUCUGUUGAAAAAUCUCUUGAUUUUUACCAAAACAUUCUUGGAUUCUUUCCAAUUAGAAGGCCCGGUUCUUUUAAUUUUGAUGGAGCUUGGUUGUUUAAUUAUGGGAUUGGGAUACAUCUUUUGCAAUCUGAGGAUCCAGAGAACAUGCCCAAGAUUAGCACCAUUAAUCCAAAGGACAAUCACAUUUCUUUCCAGUGUGAGAGCAUGGUAACAGUAGAGAAAAGGCUAAAAGAGAUGGAAAUAGAGUAUAUAAAGAGCAGAGUUGAAGAAGGUGGAAUUUACGUUGAUCAACUAUUUUUCCAUGAUCCAGAUGGUAUGAUGAUCGAAAUCUGCAACUGCGAUAACUUGCCGGUGAUUCCACUUUCCGGCGAAACUCUCCGGCCGUGCUCAACUCUCCAUUGCAGCAUGCAACAGCAGAAAAUUCAACAGCUUGUCUAAUUAUUUUUUUAAAAAAAAGUUAAAAGAAGUAUUACUAUGAACAUUUUGCAAGAGCAUGCAUUUACCAUUUGGUGUUCAAAAUAUGUUGAACCCAUUAUUUUGUAUUUUUGUGUAUCAUGCAUAUUCAGAUAUUAUUCCCAAGUUUUAACUUGGGAUGUCUGCUUUUUAAUUUGUCUUGUUUGUUUAUUUCAAAGUGUUAAGGUUUUAUCGAUAAUUUGGGCAAAGUUGCAUA